CUGGCGUGACGAGCCGUCGGAGCCAGACCGGAGUUUAUGGGAUGGGAAGAGACGUGCGCGUCCAGGCGCUGCCAGCUCCUGAUGGUUUAUUGUGGCGGGGCGGACGCACGCAGGGAGCCGCGGGGCGCGCAGCAGACACACCGGGGGGCUGGAAAAUGGGAGCGGUGAAGUGAAAAGCGGCCGAAAACCGGACUGUCUGAGCGAAAGACGCCAAAAGCACGAUGCCGCUGGGGUUGUUGAUGCUCGGCCUGUCGCUGCUGGCGGCUGUCCAGACCAGCACGGUCAAGAACUGCCACCCCGGUUGCCACUGUGAGGUGGAAAGCUUUGGGCUGUUCGACAGCUUCAGCCUGACCAGGGUGGACUGCAGCGGACUGGGCCCCGGGGUCUCCAUGCCCAUCCCCAUCCCGCUGGACACCACCCACCUGGACCUGUCCGCUAACGCCAUGGGCCCGCUCAGUGACACCAUGCUGGCCGGACCAGGCUACACCACACUUGUGAGCCUGGACCUCAGUAGCAACUAUAUCACCGAGAUUAACCACAAUGCUUUAUCCAAGCUGCGGUACCUGGACACUCUGGAUCUGAGUCACAACCAGUUGGUGAGCCUUCACCUGAACUGUUUCUCUGGACUCCCCCUGGCGGAAGUGGACCUCAGUCACAACGGCUUUCAGGAGUUCGACCUGGACGUGUUUGCUGCUAAAGUGAACGGCGAACCCGUCAGCGUGGAUCUGUCCCACAACCGGCUGUCGUCUGUCACCACCACUUCUCGUGGGAAAGUUUUACACAUUCAGACGUUAAAUUUGGCGGGGAACCAGCUGUCGAGCGUGCCGAGCCUGGCCGGACUUCCUCUGAGGUACCUCAACUUGGACAGCAAUCUCAUCGCAGAGAUCGAGGAAGGAGCCUUCGCGCCGCUGAAGGACCUGGUUUAUUUGUCCAUUAGUGGCCUCGGCAGGCUUCAGCAAAUCAAGUCUAACGGCUUCAAGGGCCUCCAGAGCCUGCAGGUCUUAGAUCUCUCCAACAACCCGAAGCUCGUGAGCAUCAGCCCCGCGGUGUUCAGCGGACUGGACUCGCUGCAAGAGCUGAACUUGACUGGUUCGGGAGUGACGGCGCUGCCGACGAACAUGCUCACCCACCUGCCCAGCAUCAAGAGUAUUACACUGGGACGGAGCAUCCACUGCUGGAGGACCAAGAAACAGGCACAGUUCCACCGGCAGAUGGGACCGGUCCAGCACGACGAGGUGCUGAACUGCAACGUGGAGGGAGUGGUUUUAUGAGACUGUGCCUCUGGGACUGGGCUGCUCCAGAACUGUGCCUUAUCUGCUUUCAUAUGCAAAACUCUUUCUCCGUGGUUCUGUUUUUGAUGUCUUACUGGUUUAGCGUAGCUUUCACAAACUCUUUAGCGCAAUACACGCAAACACAGCAUAUCUUCUUGAAACACAGUGUCAAAAUGUGCAACGUUUCAAAAUCUGACAGCUUACAGUGUAUUUCCAAUAGAUUCACAAAACAAACAUUUAAAGUCAUGUUUCUGCCUUUAGUUUUAGUUUAGUGCUGGAUUCACUUCCUUCACAGAGGGACCAUGUUAGGAGCUAUUUGCACUUCUCCAUUUUUACUUCCUUUUUUUUUUUUCUUUUUUCAUAAAAUGCACUUAAACAUGGCCAAAAUGUGUCUGUUAAAAAAAGAAAUUUGCAAAUGGUGGUGAAAUCCAUGCUGAGGGAGUUGUAUAUAUUGACCACUAAGAUCUUUUUUUUUUUUCGUUCGACUUUGAAUGUGAGGCUAAAUGAUGAAGCGUGAAAGAGAGAGACCGCUGAUUGCUUCAAGAGAGGAAAGAUGCCACUCUUAUGUUUGCUCGUUCAACAGUGAAGCUACGGCCAGCGGUUUAUUAACUUAGCAUAGCACAAACACUUAAAGGGGGGGAGGCGGUUACCUUAGAGAUCACAUUUAAAGAUGUUAUCCCAUUGCAUGUCGGGGGGUGGUUGUAAAGUCACUUCAUCAUCCAAGUAUGAAAAAUGAAGUAUAACUUAUGAAUUAAGUGAAAUGAGUCUACUCCAAACAGGCUAAGCUAACUGUAUCCC